AUGUCCAGUGAAGAUGAAAUAUUAGAUGGUGUUACAAAUGGUGUUGAAGAUACUACAAUUUCUAAGGUAAUUGGUAGCAAAUCAGGAGAAUGGCAAUUUAAUAUUGAAGAUCCAGCAAAUUAUCGUGUAUUUAAAUUAGAUGGAAAAAUGUAUUGUUUUCCAGUUCCAAAAUUGCCACAGAAAAAAUAUUACCGCCAAAGAGCACAUUGUAAUCCAAUGUCAGAUCAUAAUUUGAAUUAUCCAUUAAAUCCAUCAGCUGUUGAUUGGUAUCAAUGGUAUGGAGAAGAAAGUAAUACUAAUAAAGUUGAAUUUUUAGAUAUUGGUUGUGGAUAUGGUGGAUUAUUAUUUAGAUUAUCUGAGGAGUUUCCUACUAAAUUAGCUAUGGGUAUGGAGAUUCGUGUAAAAGUAACAGAUUUUGUUCAAGAUAAAAUUAUUGCUUUAAGGCAAGGAUUACCAGGGUUAUAUAGAAAUAUUUGGUGUUUAAGAAAUAAUACAAUGAAAUAUUUACUUAAUUAUUUUGAAAAAGGACAAUUAUCUAAAAUUUUUAUUCUAUUUCCUGAUCCUCAUUUUAAGAGACGUAAACAUAAGUGGAGAAUUAUAAAUCCAACACUUUUAGAUGAGUAUGCUUAUGUUUUGAAGGUUGGUGGAUUGAUCUACACAAUUACAGAUGUACCUGAUCUCUAUGACUGGAUGAAGGAACACCUUGAUGAUCAUCCACUUUUUGAGCGGGUUGAUGUAGAUGAAUUACAUAAACAAGGAGACAUUUGUGUAAAUUUAAUUCACAACAGUACUGAAGAAGGUGCUAAAGUUUCAAGAAAUAAAGAAAUAAUGACUAUUCCAGAAGGAGAUUACGAGAAAGGAAAAAAACUCUUCAAAUCUAGAUGCCUUCAAUGUCAUGUAAUUGAUUCUAAUGCAUCUAAAACUGGGCCAACUUUAAAUGGUCUUAUAGGAAGAACUUCAGGAACUGUUCCAGGUUACGACUUUUCAACUGCUAACAAAAAUAAAGGUGUUGUCUGGACACGUGAAACUCUUUUUGAAUAUCUUCUUAAUCCAAAAAAAUACAUACCCGGAACUAAGAUGGUCUUUGCUGGAUUAAAGAAAGAGAGUGAACGUGCUGAUUUAAUUAAAUUCAUUGAAGUUGAAUCUGCUAAACCACCACAAUAA